AUGAAUGUCAACAAGAAACUCGACCGCUUCAAACAAUGGGCGGGCGAGCGCAUGGGUGGGGAGGUCAAAACCAAUAUGUCGGACGAAUUCAAGGCCCUCGAGUUGGAAAUGUCUCUGAGGCAAGAAGGAUUGGAGAAAAUGCAAAGAUCCAUGAACGCGUACAUGAAGGCUGUCUCCAAGCGAUCGGAGAUGGAGGGGAAAGAGAAGACGCUCCCGAUUGCAUAUUUGGGAGGUACCAUGAUAUCUCAUGGCGAAGACUUUGAGCCCGACUCAGAGUAUGGGCAAUGUCUCAACAUGUUUGGCCGGACACAAGAAAGACUUGCUCGGGCGCAGGAGACAUACAUCGCCGGUGCCACCUCUUCCUGGUUGGAGUCGCUGGAACGAUCUCUGGUCCAGAUGAAGGAGUAUCAAGCCGCCCGAAAGAGACUUGAGACACGACGGCUAGCCUAUGACACAUCGCUGGCCAAGAUGCAAAAAGCCAAGAAGGAGGACUUCCGUGUCGAAGAAGAACUACGCAACCAGAAGGCCAAAUACGAGGAGUCGGCCGAUGACGUGUUCAGAAGGAUGGAGGACAUCCGUGAUGCCGACCCGGAGAGCGUCGCAGACCUCGGUGCUUUCCUGGAUGCGGAGCUCGCGUACCAUGAUAAAUGCAGAGAAGCACUCUUACAGCUGAAGUCCGAGUGGCCAGCAAGGUCACAGCCACAAUUUCGCGGAGGCCGUCCCACCCCUCGCUCAAGAUCGAACACAGUCCGCUCUUACACACAGUAUGCUGAGCCAGUCGAAGAAGUCACUCCAGUCGAAGUCCGUCCGGCCAUCAAAUCCAAUCGAAUCCCAAGUGGCCGGUUUGGGGAAACUGCAACUCCCGACUAUUCUCCUGGGAUACCAAUACGACCAAACUUUGCUAGGGCCAGCACGGUUGACAGCGCUAGUCUUUUCAGCCGGGAUCUAUCUCCAGGAAACAUGUCGCGGAUGUCUCGAGUACCCAGUGACACUCUGAUGAUCCGCACCACUCGGUCACAGCUCCGGAAUGUAGAGGAGCAGGACGUUUUUGCCGACGACACAGGAUCUUACACGAACAGCAACUCUGACCAUGGCUACGGGGAUCCCUCCGUGUCUCCUGCAACCUCGCAGGGAAGUGGCUCGUCCACGCCGUUGACGGGGAAGAAGAGUGCUGCACCACCUCCUCCGCCGCCGUCUCGAGCUAAAAAACCGCCUCCACCACCGGUCCCAGCCAAAAGAACUGUCCUCACUUGA